AUGGACAUCGACGACGACGGCGAGCACGUCGACAGGCCGCCCACCUUCGCUCUCAACGUCCUCCAGCUGGUCCGACUGGCCCAGGCGCAGCAUGGCAUGCGGCACAGCGACUACACGCGCUACAGGCAUUACUGCAGCAAGCGGCUGAGGACGCUGUACAAGAAGUUGAAGAUGCUGCACGGGCGCCAGAAGUACCAGAAGAAGCGCGUCGAGGCCGCCAAUGUGACGUGCGAAAGGCACCUGCAUGUGUCCCUGGUGUGCGCCGAGCGAGCAUGGGCGCAUGGAAUGGAGCUCAAAAAGGACAUCGAGAAUGGGCCGGGCAAGGCGUCAUCGUCUUCGUCUCGGAAACGCCCCCAUCCUGGCAAGGGGGGGGUGUCCAGCGUCAAGCGGCGUCACAUGCUGGCGCGGUUCAAGAAGGCGUCGGCCUUUGCAACGGAGUUCUCCGGCCUGUGCGCCCAGAGGGGAGGCACCAAGACGGCGCUGGAGGCCGAGGGCUACUCGGCCAUGAUGGCUGGGCUGUGGAAGAUGGAGGUGCCCGACUGGCAGGAGGCCCUGAACAAGCUCUUGAGAGCAAAAAAGUUGUUCGAAGAGUUGGCAAAGGUGGGGGAGUUUGACCAACAAGCCCUGUUCCAUCAGGUGCUGGAGGAGUUGGAGCCCUCUGUUCGAUUCUGCAUCUACAACCUGGAGCGCGCACAAGGGGGAGCCGCAGUGCAACUGCAGGAAGUGGAUCUCGAGCACCUAGAGUCCAAGCUGGCAUCCCUGGUGGUGGAGGCAAAGAGCCAGGCCCAGCAGGAGCAAACAGCCUCCAGCCUGGAGUGGUGCAAGAUCAAGUAUCCUGUUCGCAGUGAGAUGUUGCGAAAUUCCUUGCAACAUGCACUCGAUGCUGAAGGGCAGCUACGGGCUGCUGGGGAUCCCCUGGCACUGUAUGACAAGGUUGUGUCGGCCUAUGGAGAACUGAAGAGGCUGGUGCAGCAGGCUCUCAAUGCAGGGGGCGGCACCACCACAUUGGGGUUGGGAUCGGACCUUUCCGAUUUGGCAACGGCUGUCAACGGAACCCUCCUGCAGCACUCCAUCCAGAAGUCGCUGCUGCUGCUUCAGAAGGAACAGAAGAAUUUUGAAGAUGGAAUGCUUCAAGCGCUACAGGCAUCGAAGCGCAGCAAGGACAAGGCAUCACGAUCCAAACCUGGGGAUGUCGUUCGCCUGCACGACACCCUGAUUGGUCACAUCACAGAGCUGAUCGAACUGGGCAUGAAGAUAGGCGGUGCCCAAGGGGAGGUGCUCAUGGAGCAAUAUGCGGCAAAGGCUGCUCACUACCAGGCGUCCAGAUGUUACUUUGUUGCCCACACGCACUUAGCUGGCAAGAGGCUGAAGGAAGCUCAUGCGUUGUUUGAUCGAUGCACAAAGCGUGCGGAAGACGCCAUUGCCCGUUACAAGGAAUGCUCUGAACAAGACCCAGAUGCUGUGGAUGCAUUGACAGCCCUAUCCAAGAAAGCUGCCGCGUUCAGGUGCUGCGCACGCGCAGAAUAUGCAGAGGAGCUGCUGCUUGUGGAGCAGCGCACCCGCCAAGGUAUGGAGUCGCUGUCCUUGGGGGACCAGGAUGGGACUCCAACCGCGGGCUCUGAAGAAGUGCGGUACCUGUCCGACAACAUGGACAGCUGGGAGUCUUUCGUGGGCCCCGGCAGGAGCGUCCGCAUCUUCCGGAUCCCCCCUGCGCUGUACAGCAUGCCGGUGAAGCCCAUAUUUCUGGAUACGGCCCUGAACCACAUCGAGCGCCCCAGCCUGGACCAGAGACUGCCAAAAAAGACGACAUUCUCCAGGAUGCUGGGAUGGGCGGGUUGGUGA